AUGGCAGGAGACAUGACCCAGAGAAUUGAUGAUGUGGUGCAGAUUAUAUUUGGCCUGAUAUGGACGGCACUGAGCAUUGCCAUGAUUGCUGUAGGGGCUGUUUUCUUAACGCAGUGCCCAGCCCAGCCCAUGAUCCCAAUCUACCUGAUCGUGGCCGGGGUAUUCAGCUUCUCUUUCUGGAUAUUUUUGCCCCUGGAGUGGUUUGCUCCCUGCCUGAGAAAGAUCCUCAUGUUUCUUAUAUCUCUGUUCAUCUUUGCCUGGUUUAUUGCAGGUAGCGUCUGGGUUUUCAGAAUAUACAACAACGAUCCAAGGCAAUGCCAGAUAAAUAUGUACCUCUUUGCAUUUGCGGUCCUGAUCAUACAGUACAUCUUUAUAGGAUUGGCGGUGAUUUACUGCCUGAUUUCCUGUUUCUGUUCAGUGAUUCUAAGUCAGUCCAACAUACAUAGAGACACAAGCACAACACAAAUGAUUUUAGAUGCUAAUGUGCCAAUGAUGGGAAUUCAUCCUGUUCACCUGGAGCUGGAAAAUGUUUAA